GUAAAAAAAGCAUAAUUUAGAAUUUUGAUAAAUCUUUAACUGAGUUUCCUGAGCUUUUCCACAAUGUCUUAUUUGUUUUUGUAGGCAUGAAGACCAUAAGCUCCAUGGUGAGGAACACGAUCAUCUAAAAACACAUGACCAUGUGAAAAAGGAUGAUCAUUCAGAACAGCACCACCAUGAUGAGCAUGAACACAAGAGAAAAGAUCAUGUUGAUGAUCAUGUGGACAAGAAACAUGAUCAAGUACAUGAUGAAAAGAAAAGACACCAUGAAGCAGAGCAUGGUAAGGUCGAGCAUCAUGAAGAGAAAAAGCACCAUGAUGUGGACCAUGAUGAGCAUAAAAAGCAUCACAUGGUCGACCAUCAUGAAGAGAAAAAGCACCAUGAUGUAGACCAUGAUGAAAAGGAAAAGCAUCACAAGGCCGAGCAUCAUGAAGUGAAAAAGCACCAUGAUGUCGACCAUGAUGAAAAGGAAAAGCAUCACAAGGCCGAGCAUCAUGAAGUGAAAAAGCACCAUGAUGUCGACCAUGAUGAAAAGGAAAAGCAUCACAAGGCCGAGCAUCAUGAAGAGAAAAAGCACCAUGAUGAAAAGGAAAAGCACCACAAGGCCGACCAUCAUGAUGUGAAAAAGCACCAUGAUGUAGACCAUGAUGAGCAUAAAAAGCAUCACUUGGUCGAGCAUCAUGAAGUGAAAAAGCAUCAUGAUGAAAAGGAAAAGGACCACAAGGCCGAGCAUCAUGAAGAGAAAAAGCACCAUGAUGAAAAGGAAAAGCACCACAAGGCCGACCAUCAUGAUGUGAAAAAGCACCAUGAUGUAGACCAUGAUGAGCAUAAAAAGCAUCACAUGGUCGAGCAUCAUGAAGUGAAAAAGCAUCAUGAUGAAAAGGAAAAGCACCACAAGGCCGACCAUCAUGAAGAGAAAAAGCAUCAUGAUGAAAAGGAAAAGCACCACAAGGCCGACCAUCAUGAAGAGAAAAAGCAUCAUGAUGAAAAGGAAAAGCACCACAAGGCCGACCAUCAUGAUGUGAAAAAGCACCAUGAUGUAGACCAUGAUGAGCAUAAAAAGCAUCACAUGGUCGAGCAUCAUGAAGUGAAAAAGCAUCAUGAUGAAAAGGAAAAGCACCACAAGGCUGAGCAUCAUGAAGAGAAAAAGCACCAUGAUGAAAAGGAAAAGCACCACAAGGCCGACCAUCAUGAUGAGAGAAGGCACCAUGAUGAAAAGGAAAAGCACCACAAGGCCGAACAUCAUGAUGAGAAAAGGCACCAUGAUGAAAAGGAAAAGCACCACAAGGCCGAACAUCAUGAUGAGAAAAGGCACCAUGAUGAAAAGGAAAAGCACCACAAGGCCGAACAUCAUGAUGAGAAAAGGCACCAUGAUGAAAAGGAAAAGCACCACAAGGCCGAACAUCAUGAUGAGAAAAGGCACCAUGAUGAAAAGGAAAAGCACCACAAGGCCGAACAUCAUGAUGUGAAAAAGCAUCAUGAUGAAAAGGAAAAGCACCACAAGGCCGACCAUCAUGAUGAGAAAAAGCACCAUGAUGAAAAGGAAAAGCACCACAAGGCCGAACAUCAUGAUGUGAAAAAGCAUCAUGAUGAAAAGGAAAAGCACCACAAGGCCGAACAUCAUGAUGUGAAAAAGCAUCAUGAUGAAAAGGAAAAGCACCACAAGGCCGACCAUCAUGAUGUGAAAAAGCACCAUGAUGUAGACCAUGAUGAGCAUAAAAAGCAUCACAUGGUCGAGCAUCAUGAAGUGAAAAAGCAUCAUGAUGAAAAGGAAAGGCACCACAAGGCCGACCAUCAUGAAGUGAAAAAGCACCAUGAUGACAAGGAAAAGCACCACAAGGCCGACCAUCAUGAAGUGAAAAAGCACCAUGAUGACAAGGAAAAGCACCACAAGGCCGACCAUCAUGAAGUGAAAAAGCACCAUGAUGACAAGGAAAAGCACCACAAGCCCGACCAUCAUGAUGUGAAAAAGCACCAUGAUGUAGACCAUGAUGAGCAUAAAAAGCAUCACAUGGUCGAGCAUCAUGAUGUGAAAAAGCACCAUGAUGAGCAUAAAAUGGCUGAGCAUGAUGACCAUCAUAAGAAGGAAAAGGCAAUCAAAAAGAAACAAAAGCCAAAGAAAAAGCUUAAAAGAAUUACUAGGCACCAUGCCCACCACAGAGAAAGUUCUUCUAGUUCUUAUUCGGAGCCCGACUCUCCGGACUCCGAUGUGGAUUUGGGCGCCACCUUGGGUGCUUCCUGCAAGGCGUUGUUUACUAUUGGAAAGUGCGUUGGAAGAUGUGUUAUGAAGACGCCGAAAGUAUACAAAUUUCUGAAGGGGAAAGUAAAAUAUUUGAAGAAACUCAAGAAAGUCCUAGUAAAAGUAAUGCAUGUCUGUAAAAAGAUGGAGUGGGGCAAGAAAACUAAAACAGUAAGACAUGCAAUUGGCUGCACCAAAGGAAACAUGAAGAAGGCAUGGAAAAUGAGCAAAUCAGCGGGGAAGAAAGGCUACCACCUCUGCAAGAAGAUGCAUUUAGUGGCAGGCGCCAAAAGGGCGUACAAACUGUGCAAGUCCUGCUGGAAACACGUUCACGUGAAAAAGAUGUACAAACAGUGCAAGGCAGGCGCAAAAAAGACUUACAAACUGUGCAAGAUCUGCUGGAAGAAGUUCCACUUGACUAAGAGAGUGAAGCAAUGCUAUCAUUGCUCCAAGGCGACAGUCAAGUUAUGCAUAAAGUGCUUUAAGAUGUGCGAGCAAUGUGCUCAAUCAUUCGGAACGACAGUCGCAGAGACAGCGGCAUAA